GAUCGAACCGCCGAACCAGCAAGCGCAAAAUCGCAUUCCAUCGCAUCCCAUCCCAUCCCAUCCCAUCCCAUCCCAUAUCCUGCCAUGGAUCCCGUCCCCCACCGACGAAGGUCCUCCCGGCUCCGAAAGCUCGGCGCCGUUGCUUCCGAAGGCAACCUUCCACCGGCCACGAGCCAUUCCUCGUCGCCUUCGCCUCCGCGGACCGCCGGGCGCCGCCGGACCCGGAGCACGAGCGGCGCACGGGACAGCGGCCCACAACCCCCGCAGCCGCAGGGGCGUCCCGGAACCAAGCGGAGAAAAGCCGCGCGCCUCGGGGUGUCCACCGACGGCGAUGCGGGCCCUUCCGUCACCACCCGGCGGAGGACCCGGUCCAUGUCCCGGAGGGAGGCCCAAGAAAACCCCCCGGCCGGCGUCAGCGUCACGCCCUCCCCCGCGUCCUCCUCGGGCCGGACCCGCUUCGGCUUUGGCGGCGGGCGGCUCCCGGACGGCGUCGUCGACCUCUAUAACGACCCCGGAAGCGACGCCGACGACGAGGGGGCGUCUUCCUCCCGGUGCCGCGGUCGCACCGGCAAGCGGCGGGUCUUUCCCGGCCGGCAGACCGACUCUAGGCCGUUGCGGGACCGCACCCAUUCCGAGGGGGGGCCCUUCUGGGACCCACUGAGUCCCCGGUCGCUGACGGCCGAGUACGUCCGCACCUACGGGGAGGAGCACUGGGGCCUCCUCCACGGGAACGAGCACCCCGUCCUCGAGGACCCGAAAGCGUCGGCGUCGGCCUCCGCGGGGGCCGCUGCCCCCUCCCGGAGCCGCGGGUCGUCGAGGGCCUCGCUGGCGUCGCCCCGCCCGUCCUCCUCCUCGUCGUCGUCUUCUUCCUCGGCUUCGGCGUCGUCGUCGUCGUCCUCGGCGCUGUCCACCUGGACCAAGGGGUCCACCCGGGUGACCCCGCGGGGAGACGACUCGGAGGAAGAAUACGGGCUGACCGUGCAGUGCAGGAACAUCGACCAGGACGUCCCGGCCGAGCCGCAAAAGUCCGCCGAAAACAACCUGCCCAUGUCCGCCCAGCCGCUGCUGACCCCCAAGAUGAGGGCCAUACUCGUCGACUGGAUGAUCGAGCUCUCGGAGCACUUCUCCUUCGAGUCUUCCACGCUGCACCUGGCCGUGACCAUGAUGGACCGCGUCCUGGCCAGCGGCCACGAGCCGUGGGAGCCCGUCGAGCGCAAGAAGCCCAAGCCCGUUAAGAAAAAGAAAAAGAGGAAGGUAUGGGUGCGCUCCCACAAGUGGAACGACAUGGAGUACGAGGACGACUUUGACUACUACUGCGAGACCGAGAGCUCCGAGGAGGAGGAGGAGGAGGAAGAAGAAGACGACGACGACGACAAGACCAGGGACACCCGCUGCUACGCCAUUCCCCGGGACCGCUUCCAGCUCCUGGGGGCAACCUGCGUUUGGGUCGCCUGCAAGAUCGGGGAGACCUCGGCACCCAAGGCCUCCGAUAUUGCCUACGUCGCCGACCACAUCUACAGCACCGAGCAGAUUCACCGGAUGGAGCGACGGGUCUGCAACGCCCUGGACUUUCGCUUCACCUCCUCCCCGACGCCGCACCAGUUCCUCCUGGAGUUUUCCCGGGCCAGCCUCGCCUGCUGCGCCUCCCAGGGCGAAGGCUCCCUUCUCCCGGCGUCGUACGCGGGCGUCGCCCUUGCCUACCGGUCCACCUUUGCCAACACGGUCCACUACCUCUGCGAGCUGGGCCGGCUGCCCUACAAGCCAGCGUGCCGCAACCCCAGCCUGCUGGCGGCAGCAGCGGUCUACCUCGCGAGGGUCACCCUGGGCGUCCCCCUGGCCCUGGAGGCCAGGGCGGACGGCCGGACCGCCUCCGGCCCCUGCCCCGAACGGGGCCGCGAGCGCGGCAGGGGCCGCGGCAGCUUCUACUGGACGCCCACCCUGGAGCACUACACCGGGUACGGGAUGGACGACCUGGAGGAGACCGUUCGGGAGCUCCACCGCUACCAGGCGGCGGCGGAAACCUCGAGCCUCAAGGCCACCUUCAACAAGUACAAGACCCGAAAGCACGACCGCGUCGCCCUGAAGACCGUCGUCCGGCCGGAGGACCUGGGCUUCCCGAAGAGGGAUGCCGGGUGAGUCGCUCCGGGCCGCCCGCUUCGCGCAAUGCACCAGAUAGACUCUGUGCACUGCCACGUCGUGGUGGCCACGGGGGUGGAUCCACAAACGCACUGCUUUCCCUGCACCCCGGGAUACCCUGGGUUCCAAAGCCCAACUGCAACCGGCUGUGACUUUCUCCGAACACUCGCGUAAAUCCAAACCUAAAAAAGCUAAAUCCAAAAC